AUGCCGAGCCGGCGGCUCUGCCGUGCCGACCACAGAACCACCAGCCAGCCAGAGGCUACCUGUGCCGCCGGCAGGGUUUUCCUCUUCCUCCUCCUCACCGCCGCCUCUCCCAUCCUUCCUCUUCCUCCUCCAGGGGCCAGGAGGAUGGGAUCCAACAGCAUCUUCGACUCCCUCGCCACCUACUCCUCCGCUUUCCUGCGCGGAAAAAGCUUCACCCUGACCAUCACCGUGUUCACCAACCCCACCCAAGUCGCCACCUAUCACCGAGCCAUCAAAGUGACCGUAGAUGGACCCCGGGAGCCACGAAGGCACAGACAAAAGCUAGAAGACCAAGCCAAACCCUUCACCGACCGCUACGGGGAGCUGGAACGGCUGCGCCAGUCCAUGAGAGUCACCCCGACAACCCCCAACCCUCGUGGAUCCCUCAGCACCCCGAGCCACUUCGGGUCCCAGGCUCAGACUCCAAUACAAGGCACGUCAGACCUGAGCCCCUUCUCUGACCCCCGGCAGUUCGACCGCUCCUUCCCGACGCUGCCGGCGCUCACCGAGACCAGGUUCUCCGACCCACGGAUGCAUUAUCCCGGCGCCAUGUCCGCUGCCUUCCCCUACACCGCCACCCCCUCGGCCACGGGCAUCGGGGGCAUCAGCAUGACCAGCAUGCCCACCACCACACGCUUCCACCACACCUACCUGCCGCCCCCCUACCCCGGCUCCACGCAGAACCAGAGUGGACCCUUCCAGGCCAACCCCUCUCCCUACCAUUUGUACUACGGCACGUCCUCGGGCUCCUACCAGUUCUCCAUGGUGGCGGGCGGCGAGCGCUCGCCCACCCGGAUGCUCUCGUCCUGCACAAGCGCCUCAGCAGGGAACAACCUAAUGAAUCCCACCCUGGGCAGUCAGAACGACGGGGUGGACGCGGACGGGAGCCACAGUAACUCACCCACGACCAUGACGACUACUGGGAGGAUGGAUGAGUCGGUCUGGAGACCCUACUAGGAGGAACUCAGCUGUGCACCAAUGUCUUUUAACUCGAUCAGCCACCUUUUGCUCCUUUUGGUAGUGACCAGAGCAAAGUGAUGCCUAAACCAAAGUCUCCCAAGCCAAAAGCAAGCCAGGAUCCUCUGCAUGCAAGCACGGGCAAACAUCAAGCAAAGACGGACCGGGACCUACGUUACAUUUCAAGAUGAACAUCCACGAGGCUUGAUGUGGUUCCCUUUGUGUGUCUUAAGUAUGUGGAUUGUACAUAGGGGGGGGGAAAAAAAAAAGGACACGUGGAAUCAGAUGUUUGUUACUCGCAGAACACUUCUCAGUCAUCUCACUCACACCUCUUCCCCUCAGA